UCCAGUAUGAAAGGAGAGUAUCUCACCAGCGGUCACACUACAGGAGGCAAGCAGCCUCACAGCACAUUCUGACCCCCACACACAGGCUUGGAGAGAGAGACGGAAUCAGCACCUCACACACAUUGACAGAAACUGCUCACUCCAGAGUAAGGCUCUCUUUACUCAACCAGCAUCACUAUCUGUCCUCUCUCUCUGACAUGGAGCUUCACAGCCUCCGACACCACCACAGCCACCGGACCGACAACAAGCUCCAGAUGCUGAACCUCAACCAGCGCCUGGAGACCUACCUGGGCCGAGUGAGGCUGCUGGAGGAGGAGAACACGCUACUAUGCCAGGAGCUCCAGGCCCUGAGGGGCUGCGGCCAGGGGGGGCGGAUGGGCCUGGAAGACAAGCUGAGCCUGGCCAGGCAGGAGGUGGAGGCAGCCUGGAGGGAGAAGGACCGGGUGGAGCUGGAGCUAGGGAGCCUGGGUGAGGAGCUCCAAGUCCUGGGGCUGCAGAGACAGUGGGAGGCGGACGCCCAUGGGGAGGUGAAGAAGAAGCUGGCAGACAGCAGGAAGGAGAUGGAGGAGGAGAGGAGGGCUCAGAUCUGGUUAAGAGAGAAGGUGAGCCAGCUAGAGAAACAAAUCCAGUUCCAGAUACAAACCCACCAGGAAGAUGUUGCCGGCUUCCAGGCUACACUAAUCCAAGUCAGACCUGCACUGCCACCCCCUCCAUCCCAAACGGGCACCCAGCUGCCCAGCCUCCAGGACCUGGGUGAGGAGUACUCCCAGAUGGCUGUCAGGGCGUGGCAUGAGGCGGCCAUGGUGUUUCAGGGCCAGGUAGACAGCCUGGACGAGUCUCUAAACCAGGCCAGAACCCGGUUGGCCCAGGUGUGCCAGGAGAAAAUUGAGAGCCAGCUGAAACUUAAGGCCCUGGAGAAUGAGCUGCAAUCAGUCCAGGAUAGAAGGCAGUAUCUGGAGAGGAGUGUGGCCAAACAGAGAGACAGGGAGAGGCAAGAGAUACAAAACCUGCAGGCCCAUCUGGAGGUGUUGGAGAUGGAGAAGGGGGCGUUGGGAAAUCAGAUUGAUGCUCUCCUGACAGAAAGUAGGGGUCUGGUGCAGCUGAAGAUGUCUCUAGGCAUGGAGGUGGCCACAUACAGAGCUUUACUGGACAAUGAAAGUCUGACGGGGGAUUUCUCUUCAACAAAUCAGCUAAGGAGUACCUACACAUCUGAUGGAGUGCCCAGCUCUCGAGGGGUUAAGCAAAGCUUCCAGACACAGCUGGCUACCAGUCAGAUGAUCAGUCCCAUUUCUACCUUCCAUAGAGCAAGCCCACGAUCCAAUGUAACAAUGAUGUCCGCAACACCAGUUUGGACUCAAAACCGGGUAACCCUGAACGAAACACCUGAGAGUUGUCGAAAGACAGAGGAAGAGCAUGUUAACUUUGACUUAGGGUCCAACUGGCAGGUAAGUUGGUCAACGCCUUACCCCAAAGUACCACAGGAUGGAAUUUCAGUCGACCACUUCAGACCCCAAGAUGUCCAUGAAGAAGUCAACUAUGCUGAGCCUCUCUCACCUCCCACUGAAGAGGCAGGAGCUGAUGUUGUAUCUUGGCUUGGUUCUGACCAUAAGGAACAAUCCAUGUGGGAUUUAGAAAAGGAGGAAGAGGAUCAGAACAUAGUCAGAACCUGGGUUGCUGAAGAGAAACCCGUUCUGGAAUCUGCCAUGAGUCACCAGGUUGAGACCAGCUUCAGUAUGCCAACUGUGUUCAGCACUGAUGCUCAAGAGCUCUACAGCCCUUCAGUGAGCUAUGAGAGAGCAGUUUCGGUGACAGGGGCACAUUCUGCUUUCUCAGCGAAUGAUCAUAAUGAUGUACCUUUUGAAAUAUCUUCUGAAAAAGAGGAACCUCUACUAGAUCUGCCUUAUGGUCCCAUGAAUGCAUUGGAGGAAAGAGAUCUUGAAACAGCAAGGAAAGAUGGUGAAUGGGUGGGAAAAGAAGGCUUGGAGUCUGAAACUAAAUCAGUGCUAGAACAUGCAUUUGAGACCUUCACAAGCAGUCAAGCUUUUGAGUAUGGGGCGGGGAAAAGUUACAACAAGCCAAAAGAGUUCAACCAAGAGGACAAUAUGUCUUAUGCAUCUAUUCAAGCCUCCCACGGUUCAGAAGAGGCAUUUCACCAUGUUAAAAGAGUGGAGGAAGAUGUUAUUAAUCUCACAAAAGAGGAUGAUGAAAAUGAUAUGUCUAACAAAGAUGAGGAGCAAUUGGAAGAUGAAUUGCGUCCCUAUGGGUAUGGUAAGGAUGAUUGUGAAAGAUUGGCAGGGUUCAAUAAGGAAAAUUGUGUGACAGAAAGAAUCGAUAAGUUCAACCGAGAGGCGAUUAUCUCAUACGAAUCUGCUCAAGCUUCUCACUGGUCAGAAGAGGUAUUUCACCAUGUUGAAAGAGUGGAGGAAGGUGACAUAAAUUUCACAAAAGGGGAUGAUGAAAAUGAUAUGUGUAAUAAACGUGAGGAACAAUAUGCAUUGCACCCCAAUGGGGAUGUAAAUGACGAAUGGGAUAGAGUGGGAGGAUACAAUGAAGAGAGUGGAAUUGGAGAAAGAAUGGAUGAUUGGAAAGAAGGAAAGGAUCAUAUGAAAGAGGAAGAGAUGUGGAAUAACAGAGAAACCCAACCCAAUCGGUCUGAUCAAGAGUAUAUACCUUCAAAUGUAGAGAAACUGAAUCAAUUCGAGCAAGAGCAUAUACCUUUAGGCAGAGAGAAACUGAAUAUAUCCGACAAUGACAAAGAGGAUCAUGAUGAGGCAAACGACUGUCAAAAUACUUCUAUUUCAUGGAGGGCUGAGCUAGAAGGUGACAGCUACGCUCAGGACAACACACUGGCCGACACACACCCCCUGAUUCGUUACAAGAGUGACGAGACGGAUGCCAACACUCAGGCUUCACACAUGGGAGAAAGUGACUCCAGUGAUGGUGAAGAGGACAGGGAGGUUUGCCAGACAGGAACAGGCACCUGGGGCGAAGGCAAGUCCAAACAGUUUGACACCAUGGAGGAUCUGUAUGAAGAGUCAGAAGGGGAUGUCAUAGAUCAGGAAAGUAACAUGGGCUCCACUCACCAAGAGGACAUGGAUGCUAGCCAAACAAAGCAGCAUGCUACACAGGAGAAUGAUGAGGAGAAUGCAGUAGAUCAGUUGAUUCAGAAGACAGAAGAGAAACAAUCCUAUGAGGAACUUACAGAACCUGGAGAGUACUCCAUGGUGUGCUCUGAUGAGGACUAUAAUGAAGAAAGAAUUGAUAGAUUGGUGGAGCAAGAGUUAGAGAAUUUAUCUAUAUCCAGUUACAGUGAACACUUUAAUGGGCAGAUGAUUGAGAGCGAGUCAGUACUGAGUCUUCAAAUUGAGUCUCACACUGAACUUUCCCAGACACAAGACAUAUUAUACAGUGAGGAGGUAGACCAGAUACACUCAGUGAGACUGAAUCAAUCUGAGCAAGAGCAUACGACCUCAGGCGGCGAGAAACUGAAUCAAUCCGAGCCAGAUUAUAUAAAUUCAGGCAGAGAGAAACUAAAUCAAUCUGAACAAGAGUAUAAACCCUCAGACGGAGAGAAAAUUAAUCAAUCCGAGCCAGAGUACAUAACUUCAGGCAGAGAGAAACCGAAUCUAUAUGCGCAAAAACAUAUACCCUCAGACGGAGAGAAACUUAAUCUCACCGAGCAAGAUAAUAUACCUUUAGGCGGAGAGAAACUAAAUCAAUCCGAGCCAGAGUGUAUAACUUCAGGCGGAGAGAAUUUGAAUAAAUCUGAGCAAGAGCAUAUACCUUCAAACGGAGAGAAACUGAAUCAAUCCCAGCAAGAGCAUAUACCUUUAGGCGGAGAGAAAAUUAAUCAAUCCGUGCCAGAGUAUAUACCCCAAGGCAAAGAGAACAUGAAUCAAUCUGAGCAAGAACAUAUACCCUCAGACAGAGAGAAAAUUCAUCAAUCCGAGCCCAAGUAUAUACCUUCAAACGGAGAAAAACUGAAUCAAUCACAGCAAGAGCAUAUAACUUUAGGCAGUGAGAAACUCAAUCAAUCUGAGCAAGAGAAUAUACCUUCAGACAGAGAGAAACCGAAUCAAUAUGCGCAAGAAAAUAUACCCUCAGACGGAGAGAAACUGAAUCAAUCUGAAGAUCAGUACAUUCCUUCAGGCGAAGAGAAACUGGAUCCGUCUGAGCAAGAGAAUAUACCUUCAGACAGAGAGAAACUGAAUCAAUCUGAAGAUCAGUACAUUCCUUCAGGCGAAGAGAAACUGGAUCCGUCUGAGCAAGAGAAUAUACCUUCAGACAGAGAGAAACUGAAUCAAUCUGAAGAUCAGUACAUUCCUUCAGGCGAAGAGAAACUGGAUCCGUCUGAGCAAGAGAAUAUACCUUCAGACAGAGAGAAACUGAAUCAAUCUGAAGAUCAGUACAUUACUUCAGGCGAAGAGAAACUGGAUCAGUCUGAGCAAGAGCAUAUACCUUCAGGCGAAGAGAAACUGAAUCAAUCCAAGCAAGAGACUAUAUCUUUAGGUGGAGAGAAACUGAAUCAAUCUGAAGAUCAGUACAUUCCUUCAGGUGGAGAGAAACUGAAUCAGUCUGAGCAAGAGAAUAUACCUUCAGGUGGAGAGAAACUGAAUCAAUCCGAGCAAGAGACUAUAUCUUUAGGUGGAGAGAAACUGAAUCAAUCUGAAGAUCAGUACAUUCCUUCAGGUCGAGAGAAACUGAAUCAGUCUGAGCAAGAGAAUAUACCUUCAGGCGAAGAGAAACUGAAUCAAUCCGAGCAAGAGACUAUACCUUUAGGCGGAGAGAAACUGAAUCAAUCUGAAGAUCAGUACAUUCCUUCAGGUGGAGAGAAACUGAAUCAGUCUGAGCAAGAGAAUAUACCUUCAGGCGAAGAGAAAUUGAAUCAAUCCGAGCAAGAGAAUAUACCUUCAGGCGAAGAGAAAUUGAAUCAAUAUGAGCAAGAGUAUAUAGCUUCAGGUGGAGAGAAAAUGUAUCAAUCCAUGCAAGACCAUAUACCCUCAGACGACGAGAACAUGAAUCAAUCUGAGCCAGAGUAUAUACCCUCAGGUGGAGAGGAUCUGAAUCAAUCUAAGUCAGAGUAUAUACCCUCAGGUAGGGAGAAAUUGAAUCAAUCUGAGCCAGAGUAUAUACCCUCAGGUGGAGAGAAACUGAAUCAAUCUCAGCCAGAGUGGAUUUCCUCAGAGGUUAUGUAUUCAAUGCACUCUAGGAUUCGAAUGACACCUGGACACACAUCUCUUAGAGAAAGUUCAGUAGAAAUAUCCAAAGCAAGAUAUUUGGCUCAAGGUAAGGUCUUCAAUGGGGAACUGGGAACUGAAGCUGUACCAGACAAAAUAGAAGGAGAGGAUGACCAGAACCUUUCUAUGCUGACUCAUGCAGACUUCACUGAAAGCCAUUCUAUCUACAGCAGUUUAAACAGCAGGCCUGAGAGUCAAACCAAUAUGAACAACUCGGAUAUAGAAGAGUCCAACAGCACAGAUGAUGAGUCUCCAAAUGCAAGCCAGUAUUUGCAACCUGCCAACGAAGCAAAUCUAACUGCAGAUCAGGAAGACUUGUUAGAUGUGGCGGUCUCUCACUAUGAGGAUUGCAAUGCUCUUAUAGAACAUUCUGCAGAGGAGGUCACUAGCUAUCAGGCAAGUCAUGAAUGUCUUCAGACAGACAAAUGGGAAGUCUUAGAAAGUCCAAACAAACACCUGGAAUCUGGAGAUCCUUUUGCAGGUCACAAGAGAGACUCAGAGAGAUCAUCCGAAACUGACAGCAAAGGCCGGGACCGCCACAGCUUCCUCAGCUCUGGUGUACACAGCAACUUCUGGGGUUCCAAUCUGGAGACAGAAGCCCCCUAUCAACCAGAUGAGCCAUAUGACCAUGUGACCGAGCUACCCAAUCAGAACCUGGCCUUGGCUGAUAACCUAUCCUGGGUGGAUUUGGAAUCCACAAUCCACAAUCCACAAUCCAAUUGGAACACAAAGAUGGACAGUGACACACCUAAAGCUUCCACCCUUGAAGAAGAGGACAAACAGAUGCCCUCACAGGUGAAGCAGCUGGUGUGUAGAGAUGUGGUAGAGGGUGUGAAUGUUACUUCUGAAGAUUCUGAAGAUGAGGGAGACUCCAGGUCAUCUGGGGAAGAAUAGGAACAAUUUCAGGAUAGUUUCUAUAAGGAGUAAAGUAGAAGUAACAAGUGUUAUUGAGAGUGUAAUACUAUUUACACUUUACAGGCUUUGAAUAUGAGCAUCGAUUCACAUUGAUCCUUACAGUGAAAAGCAAAUGAAAGGAUCAUUUCAUCCAAACAUGAAUGUACUAUGUCACAGAAUGUCAUGACAAUUCAGUGCUCUCUGGAAUCCUUGGGAUGUUCCUACCCUAUACCCUAACCUUAACCCCUACCCUUACCUUAACCCUAACUAUAACCAUGACCCUUACCCACACCAUUUAAAAUGUCAACUUCAAUGGGGUAGGGACGUCCCAAGGAUGCGAGAUAGCAUGGACCGUCAAAUAUUUAUGCUGUUUUCAAAAACCAAAGUUGUGCCUUGGUGCACACCCUGCUGACACUAACCACCAGUGUACCUACUCCAUUUCAAGACAUUGAGGGCCAUUUUUGUAAGUUUUACAAAUUUAUUUUUGAAUAGCCAUUUUUCUAUUGUUUUUAUUUUAUAAUUUUUUUAUUAGCCCCCCCCCACACACACUUUGGAGAACAAAAGUAACUUAGUUAAAAACCAAAUAAAGGACAUUUGAAAGUCAAAGCAUUCUUGAUUUGAUUGCACUGAUUGAAGGAAAUCAAUUAGAGCAAAUGUGAGAACCAAAGUAUUUCAGUGCACAAGACCUGGGAGCUUGUUUUUCUAGUGGCAACUUUUAUCUUAACAUCGUAAGCAAGUUUAUUUGAUAAGGACUCCAGUUGAUAUAUACAGUACCCUCAGAAAGUAUUCAUACCCCUUGACUUACUCCAAUGAAAAGUGUUAUUUAUGAUUAUAAUUUGAUAUUUCAACUCAAACACUCACUACAAGCAGCAGUGCAUGGUUUGAAAUCCUAGAAGAACAGCUUGCCCCUAACAAACUGAAACACAUAGUAGUUAUGCUUUGUUAACGAUUACGGCAAAAAACACUUGUGUUGUUUUUUGGCUAGUGUUCUAUGUAGAAAUGCACAAAAAACCUACAUGGAAAAAUAAAACUAAUUGACAAAUAUG